AGAGGUAUCCAUAGAAAUCGACUAACAAUAAAUUUAGGUGUUAUAACUAUUUUAAAAUUGAGAUGAGAGGCAAUAAGAAACCCUAAAAUUAGAGCGUUAAUUAAAGCGUUAAGGCAAUAGGAAGCCCUAAAAUUAGAGAGUGGUUACCCUAAUUUUGAAACCCUAAAUUUCUAUACAAAAUUCCCCCAAAUUGAAUCGCUCCCCUCCGUCUUCCUCCUCCGUAACCAUGACUCUGAACUGCCUCUCCUGUCAACUCUUACAGAGAACGGACUCCGAGAGAGACCCCGACCCGCAGCUCCAAAACUACUACUCCGUUCAGAUAGAGCCGUCGGGGAGAAGCUGGUCCGGCAACCUCUCUUUCCGCCCUCCCGAUCGCCCAAAGAAAGAACCGCUUCGAGCCCUGCCUGAGGACCAGGCGCCUCCCGUCGCCCCCCGCCGUCUUCACAGCUCCGGCCCCAUCUCUUUGGGCAGCAAGGAGCCGAAGCUGGUUCGAAGCUCCGGGAUGAGGAGGGAUUGGAGCUUCGAGGAUCUCAGAGCCAUUCGAGAGGAAAAAUAACCGUCACACAC